CUCGUUCUGAUUUCCAAGAUGAAACGAUCACUAGUCCUUACGUUAGUGUUGAUUUCAAUCAUGCAAUCAUUUGCUUUUUCCGUUCUCACGGACAACAAAAAUAACAAUUUAACUCAACUGGACGUAAGUGGACUUGACUCGGAAAAUGUGGACGUUUUCCGGCAACUCCUGAACCAAGAGACACUCAUCCGAAUGGCCCUUGUAAAGAAUGUGCACACCUUGAUGAAAGACAUGGUCGAUCUGAAGCAAACAAUGAAGACGUUAGAAGCCACACAGCAGAAAACGGAUUUAGAAGUGACAAACUUACAACAGGAAGUAGAUUCACUGAAGCGUGAAAACCAGAAACUUGACCUUGAAAACAGAAAGUAUGAGGACACGUUGAACACCGUCAAACAAAACUUUACACAGAUCAACGACCAUUUUCAGGAGUUUGUAUUGCAGUUGGAGGAGAAAAGAGAAACAUUUGAGAGAAACACUAGCACGGUACUCAGUGAUUUAAAAGUGGAAGUUCGGUAUCUCUCAAUUACUCUUCUUGACCUGAAUAAACACACGUUAGAAGUUGACAGGGGUAUUUCUGAGAUGAUAGAGAAAAAGUAUGAAAUGUUAUCUAAUGGACUGAACAAUACCCUGGAGAGUCUUAACAACGAUUUGACAACAACAAACAAUAAGAUAUCUGGUUUCGAAAACUUGCAAAAAACUCGAAUCACUUCAAUAUUUGAUGAAGUUAAUAAAACCAUUGUGGACCUGAAGGCGGAAGUUAAAGAAUCUCAGUUUGAUCAAAUGAAGCUCUCCUCAACAGUGUCGGCUCUGGAGGUGUUUCGAAUGAACAUGACAAGCAACAAAUGCGACAUGCCUAAAAGGGUAGCAUUUAGUGCUACGGUGUCAUCAGCUGACAGCUCCUGGAGCAGCAGCACCUUGUUGUUUCCCGUGGUCAUCACUAAUGUGGGAAACGGAUACAACCCCAGCAACGGAAUAUUUACCGCUCCUACCAACGGGAACUACGUGUUUUUCGUAAACGUACAGAGUUAUACUACACAAACCAUUUAUGUAGACAUCGUGUUAAAUGGAUCAACAAAAGUCAGAACCAUGGCUUAUGGUAGUGGUAGCGAUUAUUACGAAUCGGGUCCCAAUUUGGUGGUUCUAACUCUUCAGAAGGGACAAACAGUGUGGGUUAAAAGGUACUCUGGAUCAGGUUAUUAUGCCGACGGUCCUAUUACCACAUUCUCUGGUUUCCUUAUUUGACUGAAUUAUUAAAACAAAUUUCAAAGAGUUGUAUAAUCAAUAAUCAUUGAUAUUGCCAUUGCUUGCACUGAACAUAGAAUUGGUUAAACUACAAUUUUGAUAAAAGGGCAAGCAUUGUGAGUUAAUCCUUUUUAUCAUACCUCUGUAUAUAGUUUCUCCUAUAUAGAGGAAUUUGAAUAAAUUAACCUUUCAGAAUUUU